GCGCGGUGCACGCCGGGACGGCGCAUGGCGGACCCGGACGGUCCCGGUGCCUGCGGGGAAGAGGCAGAGCAGGACGAGGAGUCCCCGGUCUCCGACCCUGAGCUGGGCGCUUCGGCCGACGCUGACAUGGAGCUGCUCCGGACCCUCCUGUCCCGGACCCUCGGGCUCGGGGGGGACAAACCCGAGCGGGUGCUGGACGAGCUGUCCCUGGACGGAGUGAGCCGGUUCCUGCGGAGCGAGCGGUGUAAGAACAUUGUCUGCAUGGUGGGCGCCGGGAUCUCCACCUCCGCCGGGAUCCCCGAUUUCCGCUCCCCCGGCACGGGGCUCUACGCCAACCUGCAGAGCUACGACCUGCCCUAUCCCGAGGCCAUCUUUGAGAUCAGUUUCUUCAAACAAAACCCCGAGCCCUUCUUCGCCCUCGCACGUGAGCUCUACCCAGGGCAGUUCAAGCCCACGGUGUGUCACUACUUCAUGCGGCUGCUGCAGGACAAGGGGCUGCUGCUGCGCUGCUACACCCAGAACAUCGACACCCUGGAGAGGGUGGCAGGGCUGGACCCGGAGCGGCUGGUGGAGGCUCACGGCACCUUCUUCACCUCCCACUGCCUGCGCCCCUCGUGCCGCCAGCCCUACAGCCUGAGCUGGAUGAAGGAGCGGAUUUUCUCCUCUCUCGUUCCCAAAUGUGAGAAGUGCCAGGGCCUGGUGAAACCCGACAUUGUGUUUUUCGGGGAGAGCCUCCCCUCACGCUUCUUCACCCUCCUGCAGUCGGACUUCCAGAAAGUUGACCUGCUCAUCAUCAUGGGCACCUCGCUGCAGGUGCAGCCCUUCGCCUCACUCGUCAGCAGGGUCCCCGUCAGCACCCCCAGACUCCUGAUCAACAAGGAGAAGACGGGACAGAGUGACCCCCUGAUGUCCCUGAUGGGCUUUGGCUGCGGGAUGGACUUCGAUUCGGAGAAGGCCUACAGGGAUGUGGCCUGGCUGGGGGACUGUGACAGCGGGUGCCUGGCUCUGGCCGAGCUGCUGGGCUGGAAGGAGGAGCUGGAGGAGCUGGUGAGGAGGGAACACGCCGCCAUCGACGCCGGGGGG